AUGAUUGAGAAGACAGUGUUGGUUGUAAUCGUCAGCAUUGUCUGUGUGGAAUGUUCCUUACCUCUAAACAUUCCUAACUACUUCCCGUCAGCCUUAAGGAGGGCUGGCGGCGGAGGAGAUACAGUCAUCGCAUUUUCUGCUGGACUAACAAAUGGGACAGAGUUGCAUGUUACAACGAACAUGACAUAUGACCGAGUGUUUGUAAACUCCGGGAAUGGUUAUAACAAUUCAACGGGAGUCUUUACAGCACCUCUUGGUGGAACCUAUGUGUUUAUGUAUCACGCCCUUUCCCAGGCAAACCAACAACUCUGGUUAGAUAUCUACCAUAACAGUGACUAUAUAGCCACGGGCUAUGCACAUGCAAAAAACGACUACGCUUCAUCAUCGAACUCUGUCGUUCUUACAAUUGCUCGAGGUGACGCUGUGUAUAUUCGAGCUAGGGGAGAUAACUUCGUUUACGGCCAGCCAGAUGAAGUGUUUGCGACGUUCAGUGGAUUUAAUUUGUUUGCUGCACAUCCAUAAUAAACGCUUUGGACAUUUUUCCUCAAAAGAUGUUUUGAAUACAUCGUAUUGAUCUGAAAACUUAUCAUUGUUUUACUUAUUAUUGUAACAUUCUGUCCAGAUGAUAAGAACAUUUCUUGUCACAUGUUUUUUGCCAUUAAUGUUGUAAGGGAGAUAACUACGUGCUGCGUUCAGACGUUUUUAAGAUUAUUAAAGAGGACUGGGAUUUAA